UUCUGUGUGACAGUGUGGAGGUAGCAACUAGUACUCCAGCAUGAUGUGGAUGGGUCCUGGAAGAGAGUUGAGGUUGGCCAUGCUGAUUUUGGCCUUUGCCUGCCAUGACCUCAUGCUUGCAAAUGGGUAUCCAAGCAACUGGUAUGGUUAUGGUGAAGAUGCGUCGCCUGGUGGUUACAAGCCUUCCACCUCAAGUGGCAGCACCGGCUUCACCGACACUUCGUACCCAGGAAGUAGCAGUGAUGGCAGGUACAAGCCCCACUCAACGGGCACCAGUGAUGACUACAAACCCUCAUCCUCUGGUAACUAUGGCCAUUCCUCUUCUGGCAGUAGCAACAGCAACGGCUUCAAACCUGCCUCCUCCGGUAGCUAUGGCCCCUCCUCCUCUGGUAACUAUGGCCCCUCCUCCUCUGGUAACUAUGGCCCUUCAUCCUCUGGUAACUAUGGCCAUUCCUCCUCUGGCAGUAGCAACAGCGAUGGCUUCAAACCUUCCUCCUCUGGUAACCAUGGCCCUUCAUCCUCUGGUAGCCACGGUCCUUCCUCCUCUGGUAACUAUGGCUCUUCCUCCUCUGGCAGUAGCAGCAGUGAUGGCUACAAGCCUUCAACCUCCGGCAUCAGUAACUAUAGCUCUCUGAGCAGCGGCAGCAGUUACCAACCAUCCAUUGGACUCGGCAGCACUGGCUAUAAGCCAGCUAGGCGCACCAGUACCAGCACUAGUGUUAUUGGCUACAAGGUGACCGCAACCAAACCCACACAGCAGCAAAACCAGCAGCCGUCCUGGAGGGGACCGGGGUCGUCCAAGUCCGUGCAGCAGAACCAGCAGCCAUCCUGGAGUCCACAAGGUUUGUCCAAGUCAGUGCAGCAGAACCAGCAGCCAUCCUGGAGUACACAGGGUCCGUCCAAACCCGCGCAACAGACAUCCUUCAACAGCUGGAAGCCACAGCGUACAUCCAAACAUGUGCAGCAGAACCAGCAGCCGUCCUUUAGGCCAAGGUCCAAACCAGUGCAGCAAAACGAGGGGGAUUCAAAUUGGGUCUAUCCUUCAUGGUACCAAGAUGGUUCUACUUCAGACAGUCCCCCAUCUGUGCAGAGUGGGUCGAGGCCAGACCGUCCCUCUGUCACCGGCGGAUCUGAGUGUACCACCUGCUGGCGUCAGACUGAUCAGACUGGUCAAGAUGAGUCUUCCUAUCGGUCUGCAAAUAUUUUCCUCGACCCGGAAGUUUCAAGCUACUUGGCUUAUCUUGGGGAGACCAUGGGCUGACGGGUCUUGUGUGUUUUAAAAAUGAACCUUCAAUAAAAAAUGAUUAUGAUGAAAUUA